AUGCCAGGUUCGUGUCUUGCGGCUUGCGGGCAGAGACCACCCACCAUUGCUUCUGCCACCGAACGUCGCGCAUCUCAUACCAAUGGACUUCCCCCACGCUCCAAUACUACACGCCAAAGAGAGUACGAACGUCCCUCUGUACUGGAAAAUGGGUCUCCUGUGAUGGAAGACGGCUUCGAGGAAGAUGUGUCUCGCUCAACGAACUAUGCGACCACCGAGAGGCGUAAAGCACGCUAUACAGUAAACACCACAGAAACAUAUAGGUCUCGCAGGAGUCCAGUAAAAGAUACCUUUGAUGGGGGAGGUAAACAGCCAAGGAAGAUUGUCCUGCAGAGCCCGCCUACCCGAAGGAAAUCUCGACAAGACUCACAGCCAGAAGUCAAGCAAUGGGCUCCUGAAGCAAGCCUGAUCCCACAUUCCUCUGCUCCUCUGGCUGUUCGUGUCACAGUCCCGGCCCUUCGUCGUGAUGCGCCCGAUCUACUCGAUGGACCUCAACUCGAUAGCUUGUCGAUGGUGGAGCAAGAGAAGGCUCUGCUCGAUGACUUACUAUACGUCUUCAUGGGCUUUGAGGGCCAGUAUGUUGGCUUUGCUGACAAUUAUGACCCUAGUGAAGAGAAAGAUCGAUUGAUAGGCCCCACAUAUCGCAUACUGCCAGGUCUCGACCCAAGCCUCAAAGACCUGAUUGAAUCUAUGUUGCGCAUGGCCAGUCAAUACUCUGCGUUGGAAGCAUUCAUCGAAGUGCAGAGCAGGGGAGAGUACGGCUCUGUGAAUCAUGCCCUGUGUGCAGCUAUACGGAGACUACUCAAGGACUACCUCAUCCUAGUCGCGCAACUCGAAAGUAAAGUCACUGGUGAUCCUUCCUUUACCAUACACCAAAUGCAUCUUUCACUCAUUCCUACUGCACAAAGCCUGAUCCAGCUAUACGCUGUGGCACAGGAAUUGCUGAAGAAAAACGCUCUGCUUGAGGAGGAUGCAGACGAGUCUAUCAACGAUUUUGACGCAGACAACAUCAUCGAGCGUCUGAAAGAAGGGGGCGAUCUCCUACCUGGUAGCAUGCUAAAGAAACGUUGUAUUGGCGGGAACGUGCUUGCUCUGCUGACACAACGACUAGCCACCUACUCAGGAGACCCUGCAGCAAGGUCUAUCCUCGAGAUGUUGCUCAGAGAGGCUAGCAAGCCAUACAUGACUAUGCUUAAUGAGUGGCUACAUCAUGGUGGCAUCAAAGAUCCUCACGACGAGUUCCUGGUCGGUGAAAAGAAGAGCAUAAGAAGGGAGAAACUUGACGAGGACUAUACAGACGAGUACUGGGAAAAGAGAUACUUUGUACGAGAGAAGGAAGUUCCUCCCCAACUGCAGGCUGUCAAAGACAAAGUACUGCUUGCUGGCAAGUAUCUCAACGUUGUCCGAGAAUGUGGCGGGGUCAACAUCAGCAGCAAGAUGGAACACACUCCCGUAUCAUUCGAUGAUCCUCGUUUUCUUGACAACGUCAAUCAUGCUUACUCCUUUGCAAACCAAGAACUCCUGAGCUUGAUGCUCUCAGCACAUUCUCUCCGAGGAAGAUUAAGGUCUAUCAAGCAUUACUUCUUCCUCGAUAGAGCCGAGUUCUUCCUUCACUUUCUCGAGCUCUCCGCCUCCGAACUGCGUAAGUCACAGAAAAGUGUCAACACUGGCAAGCUUCAAUCACUCCUCGAUCUAGUCCUCUAUCAGCCAGGCAGUAUAGCAGCAGGCGAUCCUUACAAGGAAGAUGUCAGGAUCAGGAUGAAUGAGCUCGGUCUCGUUCCAUGGCUCAUGAAGGUGGUCAACGUCCAAGGUCUCGAAGCCGACAACCCGGACUCUUUGGCAGAACAGUAUAGAAUGCAAGUCUCUGUUCCGGGUAGUAAAGACGAUGACAAGGACAUCUCUGGUCACGAAGCCCUCGAGCUCGAUUAUUCCGUACCCUUUCCACUAUCACUAAUCAUCAGUCGCAAGACUAUAAUUCGGUAUCAGCUCAUCCUGAGAUACACCCUCUCGUUGCGUCACCUGGAGACUACGCUCAUCGAGUCCUGGUCGGAACACAACAAAGCCGUCUCUUGGACUCACAAGUCUAGCAAUCGUCGCAUCGAAGUCUGGAAACGUCGAGCCUGGAAUCUACGUGCUCGCAUGCUUGUCUUCGUUCAACAAAUGCUUUUUUAUGCGACCGCAGAAGUUCUUGAGCCUCAAUGGCAAAAGCUUAUGACUAAAGUGGAUGCACUUGAAUCUGACUUCUCCAGCACACCUACGAACGAUGUCAUUCCGCCGUCUUCGAGUCAAGGCCAAAAACCUCAACUCGGCUCCAGCCAAGAUCGCAGAUCAGCACAAACUGUUGAUUCCCUUAUGCAAGAACAUGUCGACAUGCUCGACUCUUGUAUGAAAGAUCUUGGCCUCACUCAAUCGAAACUCCUCCGAAUUCACGCAAAAAUGGUAGCAGGUUGCACCAUGUUUGCCUCAUACACAUCGAAUUUGACACGAAACCUGUACUCUGCUGAUGCUGAUUUCUCAUUCCUACACAACGAGACCUAUGAUCGAACAAUGGCCGCACAAAAAGAGAAGGUGAUUUCAAACUAUAGACAAUUUGCAAGUGGCAGAAAAGAAGAGAAGCCGCCUGAGGUUGACGAGAGCAGAAUAAGCAGAAUCGAAGAGACUCUGGUCAGGCAUGAGGAGUAUUUUAAUCGUCACCUAAGGGUGUUGAUUGACACUCUGAACUACUAUGCUGCGACAGAGACAGUAACGUUGCUAGGGCUUUGUGCACGAUUGAUGGAUGCAGAAGUACAGAAACGUGAUCCUCUAGAUGCUGCCUUUGCUUGA